UUUGACAGGCGCGCGCCCCCCCCCCCCCCCGUGAGACCUUUAGCCCCUGACCUCAGCGAUGCCCUGACGCCUGUCACACAGUGGCCUCUGAGCGCUGGGAGCACUGGGAGUGCUGGGAGUGCUGCGGGGGGCUCAGCAAUCUGGAUUAUUCUAAGAUUGACCUCUCCAUCAUGGCGGACCUGUCGCGGUAUGUGGAGCUGACGGAAUACAACUUCCUGUUCGCUACAGCUUGCAUCCUGUUCAAUCCGCUGUUCUGGAAUGUGGUGGCGAGAUGGGAGUACCGCACACGAACGCUCUCCAGGACUUUUGGAUCCCCGUACGUGGCAUGCUACAUCUUGGGGGCUGUACUUAUAUUUCUGGCCAUCUUCAGGAGCCACUGCUUCUCAGAAGCGAUGUCCCAUCAGCCGCACUGGUGGAUCCUGAAGAGGCCGGAGUUCUAUUAUCUUGGAGUGGCGCUGGUGGCGUCGGGUGCCGUGCUCGUCGUCUCCAGCUUCCUGGCGCUCGGCUUUGCUGGAACCUAUCUCGGUGAUUACUUUGGAAUCCUGAUGGAAGAGAAGGUGACCGGCUUCCCAUUCAAUGUCAUGGAGAAUCCAAUGUAUUGGGGGAGUACUGCCAAUUACCUGGGUCUGGCCCUCCUGAACUCCAGCCCGGCCGGACUCGCCCUCACAGCAGUGGUCGCCCUAUGCUACAAAGUUGCCAUCUGGUUUGAAGGGCCUUUUACUGAGAAGAUUUACAGGAACAAAGAGAAAAGCAAGAGGAGCCAUUAAUCGCUGCCACGGUCCAGCACUGCCGCGGUCCAGCACUGCCGCGGUCCAGCACUGCCGCGGUCCAGCACUGCCACGGUCCAGCACUGCCGCGGUCCAGCGAGGGGGGGGGGGAAUCGUACAUCAUAUGGGCCAGAUGCCUGCAGGCAGCCAUUGUGUGCUUCAUACAGUAAGCGAUUAAACAGUAUUCGGGGAAGCAAUAACCUGAUAGAGGCACCGAGUACCUGAUCCCUCAGCUGUCACUUUGUGCUGCUUGUCUGCAUCCCCAUACAACAUGGCUGCCUGCAGGGUUAGUUUUUUUCUAGCUUACGUUAUAAUACUAGGUUUUACACCAUGAAGCUGUUUUACUGUUUACAAGACCAUCGAGAGAAAACUUUGUCUAAUUCUAUGUGUUUUACCUCUUUGGAAAAGUCACGAAUAAUAAAGUUUUUAACAAAAAAUGUUC